GCGUCUUUCGAGAGCUUGAUCGUUGGUGCGAUUCGCGCGUUUGUCUUUUCCAAGCGAUAAAUAAAACAAGAAAGUACUUGUUGUUAUCGGCUCGUCUGUAAACAAUCUAGUUUUCCACGAAUUUCUGUUUGUUAUUUGCAUUGUUGGAGGAAAUAAAUUCCGUUUUAUUAAUUUAUAAUUCACUUUAUUGAUACUGUUCUGUUAAGUGUUAUCUCGACAAACGCGGUUGCUAUCUAUGUGUUUAGUGAUAUCUACUGGUUGCAAGCCAAUUAUAUGUCCGAAUUUAACAUCCACGCACAUAAGCGGCUGAAUACAAAUUUUAAGCUGUUUCUCAUCGCCUACAAACAGAUCAAUGGAAGACUUCAUAAAAGGGAAGAUCAAAUCUGUCGCAGUCAAGGAUUUUGUCACUUACGAUGUUACAAUUUUUUAUCCGGAUGAACACCUCAACAUCAUUAUCGGUCCCAAUGGAACCGGCAAGUCUACAAUCGUCGCUGCCAUAGUUUUGGGAAUGGGAGGCAACUGCAAACUGUUGUCUCGUUCCGGAAGUAUAGAAGACUACAUCAAGAAUGGCAAAGACGUGGCCAAGAUAGAGGUCGCGCUCUAUAAAAAUGCAAAGCGGGACGUCGUCAUGUUCAACCGAACGUUCAACCGCAGCGGAAUGGAUCGGUUUGAAAUCGACGGCACCAAGGUGUCGCACAAGGAGUUUCUCAAUCGGAUCAAAAAUCUAAACAUUCAGAUCGACAACCUGUGCCAGUUUCUGCCGCAAGAUCGCGUACAGGAUUUCACCAAGAUGAACUCCCGGGAGUUGUUGCUGAACACUCAGGCUUCGGUUUGCCGGCCGGAGAUGAUAGAACUGAUGGACCAGCUGAUGGAGAAGCGGAGAAACCAGAAGACGGUGGCCAAAUCGAGUGCGGACAGUUUGACCAAACUGAAGGAAGCCGAGGCCAAAAAUGAGGAAUUACGCGUUCAGAUCGAGAACAUGAAGGUUAGAAAGCAGUUCGAAAAAGAAGUGGAAAUAUGCAAUGCACGGAAGGCGUGGUUGGAGUAUGAAGAUGUCUAUCUGAAGUUCACUUCUAUAAAGGACGAUUUGCAGUUGGCAAAAACGAGCAUGAACGAGAAACAGAAACGUCUGGAUCCACUCAAAUCUAAAGCUGCCAAACUGAACAAAACCAAAGGGGAGCUCAACGAAAAGAUCAAAGUGGAAGCGUCGGAGAUCCAAAAACAUUCGAACCAACUGCGGCAGAUGGAAACCAGGACCGAACAGCUGGAAGAUUCAAUAUCAACGCACAAGCGCGAACUACAUGAUACCAUUUCUCAGGCAGCAGAUCGCGAAAACCAACUGGUCCAAGCCAGAGAGACACUAUCGAUUCUGGUGCAAGAUUGCAAAAACGCCAUGAACGAACUGGGUUCAGAGCCCGUCCAGGAACAGAAGAAGAAACAACUAACGGUCAAGAUAGAUAAGGUCAAACGAGAGUGUGACCUUCUGGUAAGUAGGCGGAAUGAGUUGAACCAGAAAAUCGAAACAGAGCUGAAACCAGAGAUGGUAAGCAUUCAGCGGAGAAUUGAAGCACUGGAAAACAUCGAACAAGUCAAGAUGCGUCUGUUGCAGUCGAGGUUUGAGAGUGCCUACAAUGCAACACUGUGGCUGCGAGAAAAUCAACAUCUAUUCCGCAAAAAGAUUUACGAGCCGAUGCUAUUAGAACUGAAUGUUCCAAACAGCGAAAAUGCCAAAUAUUUGGAAAAUACUAUCGCCAGGCGGGACUUGAUAGCAUUCACUUGCGAGGACCGGGACGAUAUGGCGCUUUUCCUGCGCAAGGUACGCCAAGAGAUGAAACUUGAAGGAGUGAACGUGGUGUUUUCGGAGCCAUCGGAUCAACUAAACUAUCAGUCACGACUGCCAAUACAAAGUUUACAACGUUAUGGUUUUUACUCCUACCUGAUAGACAUGGUUGAAGCACCUUUUCCGAUUUUGAACUACCUUUGCAAAUCUUUUAAUUUGCAAAACGUCCCGGUUGGCUCUGACGAAUCCACCAAGUAUGCCUCCCAAAUGCCGGAUGAAAUCCGUUUGUUUUUCACUCCAUCGCAUCGGUUCCACAUCAGUAAGUCGCGUUACACAGGCGAAAAAAGCUCCCGGUGUGAUGAGUUUCACUCGAUGAAUCUAUUGAACAAAAAUGUUGAUCCAGAGGCGUUGCAGGAACGAAAGUACGCUCUCGACCGACUGGUGAGAGAGUGUGACAAAAUUCGAAAUCAUCGUACUCAGAUUGAAGCGGAUAUCAGCAGAGUGCAGGAGCAAUGCUCGGAAUUGAAUGCCGAGCGCAGACAAGUAGAUGAAAAGUUCACACGAUACCAGAAUUUUAAACACAAAACAAAACGUCAGGAACAAAAGUGCAGCGAUCUGGCCAAACGACUAGUUAAUGUCGAUGCGGAAAAAAACAAAUUCAGAGAUUUCUGUGGGAAAACUAUUGCAGAUAUGCUCAAACUUCAGGGGAAGAAGGUGGAUGAGAUGGAUUUAUAUGUGGCUGCCACAGUUAAGUACGAAGCCUACAAACAGAAAUUGACGAUUUUUUUGAGUAGAAAUGCUGAUCUGGAAGGCGAAAUCCGCUCGGCAGAGGAUGCAUUCGAUUCCGCAAAGCGAAAUCACGAUUCCGUUUUAAGGCGCUAUGAAGAAGUGAAAGACAAAGUGAAGAGGAAACUACACUUUGCUAAGGACCUUACGAAUAACAAGACUCCACAGAAUGAGGAUUUUCCUUACUUGAAAGAAUUUAGGAAACUGCCAUCGGCACUGGAAGAUUUGGCCAACCACAUGGACGAAAUCCAGGCUCGAAUCGAAUGUAUGUCACGGGAUAACGGAAACAUCUUGGAGGAUUAUGAGAACCGCUGUCGACAGAUUGAAACAUUGAGAGCAUCCAUUGGUGACUCCACCAAAAAUACGGAAGCUUUGGAGGCCGAGCUGCAACAGCUCCAUGAUCAAUGGUAUCCGGAGAUCAGUCGGGUAGUGGAUAUCAUCAACGGAAAUUUUUCGCGAUUCAUGAGCAGCAUGGGCUUUGCAGGAGAGGUGGAAAUAAUCAAGAAAGGAGAGCGUGACUAUGACGAGUACGGUAUUCAGAUUCGUGUCAAGUAUCGCAACACGGAAAAGCUUCAGGCUCUCGAUCGGCACGUGCAAUCGGGUGGGGAACGCGCUGUAGCCAUCGCCACCUACACUCUGUCGUUGCAGCACAUCACGCAUGUGCCGUUUCGAUGCGUGGACGAAAUCAACCAGGGCAUGGAUCCGCGCAACGAGCGCAAGGUGUUUGAGAUGUUGGUCGAUGAAACCUGUCGCCCCGGUCAGUCGCAAUACUUCUUCGUGACGCCCAAGCUCCUUCCAAACUUGAAGUACAACGACCUCAUGAGUGUCUUCAUCGUUCACAAUGGUAAAUUCAUAGAAGAUUCUCACGUUUUUGUACGUGAUCAGAUGCGAGACGGCUAGAAGUAUUCCUCAACUCAACAAACAUGUAUAGAUGUAUGCAUUUCUUCACGUUAACUUUUAUCGUUGAUUUUACUUCUGGUUAACUAAGAUAAUGCUUCGUAUUUUAUUCCAUUAGUUUACUGGACAUAUCUUACUAUUCAAGAUUUUUAUAUGUACAAGUGUCAAACAUUUAAAA